UGCAAUUUCAUACCUUUCUUAGGCUUAUGUAAUUUCUGCUUUUUAUAUUGCUAGUUAGUAAUUCAUGCAACUUGAUUAUCUUUGACUUUGUGUUUACUUCAUUGAAAUUUGUUCUGUUUGGAUGGUGAGAAAAGGUAGGAAAUUUAGCAUAUUCUGAGAUCCAAUAGAGCUUUCUAAAACACAAUUGGCUAAAAUUCACUUUAUAAAUUCAAUGCAUGACUUAGACAUUAAAAUGUUUGUUUCACCAAUCAGCAUCACAGAAUUUUACUCCACGUUCCAUCAUCUGGUCAUGUUCUUUUGGGUUAAUCAGAUUUUGAGUAGACAGAGAAAUGAUCCUAAUGAAAAAUCAACUGGGUUCUUCAUCUCUCUAACCCUAGAUUUUUUUUAUUAGACAGCAUUUGUACUGACCCAAACUAAUUUGCAUUUAGUACUGACCCAAACUAAUUUGCAUUUAGUACUUGUUGGUUUUGAUUGCAGAAACUAUCAAGAUGAAGUAUAUUUUGAUAUGUUACAGCAGAACACAGUCCUUGAAUCUCUCUAACCCAUUUAAUCAGAUUGCCAGUGGCACCUAGUUCAUAGUUUGCCAUUCGGGAUUGUGUUACAGUAGAUCACAUUGAUUAGGAUCGUUGUACGCAAACACAGAUAAAGUAUAUUUUGAUAUGUAUGCUAUAGUACAAGAUGAUAUGUUAUAGCAGAACAUACUCUUUCUAGUGUCCUUGAAUCUCCCUAACCCAUUUAAUCAGAUGUUGCCAUUGGCACCUAGUUCAUAGUUUGCUUUGGUUUCAUAGGAUGGGUUCAGGUACAAGAUACUUAGGAGUAGGCUUAGUUGAAGCUAUUUGGAAUUGUGGCACAAACACAGAUAGAAUGGUUUGGAUCAGCAAUUUUCUUGUUGUGGUAUGUGAACAUACCACAUUUUGGAUUGUGCAUUCGGGAAAACCAUUUGGAAGGGGAGUCAACGAAUUAGGUAACAGUGAGUUUGAAGGUACAUUAUCUGUUGUUCAUAAGAUGUAAGCACUAAAUGUAAUCUUUCUUGACGACAAUAGAAAAUGAUUAUAUUCAUAAUUCUAAACAUAGAUUGAAAACUUGUAAUGUGUUGUUUAAUGUUCUUUAAGAGACUGAUGAAAUAAUUUACCAUUAUUCUCAAACUGUAGAAGAUGAUAGGAUACCAGCAUAGACUUUGUUGUUCUUUCUUUUCGGAUACAGUGCAAAAAGACAACCAAAAGAAAAUGGCAGGAAUGAAAACACACAGCACCUACCCUCUAACAAAUAUAGUUCCCAUUCCUAUCUCAUCGUCUGAUAAACUAAGGUCCAAUCCAAGAGAAGGAGAGGACUAAAAUAUCACUUGUUCUCUUGCAACUUGCAUUUAGUUUGAGGGGGCAAAUAAUAAUAAAUGAUAGAAUUUCUUAAUAAUAUAUGAUAUUUGUAAAGGGUUUUUCUAGAAAAUUGGGGGGCAUUAGGGCACUACUUGGUCCCAGGGAUCCACCUCUGAUGAACCACUAUAGUUUUGGGCCUUUACUCUCUUCACAUACUAUUAGGCUAUACUUGUACAUGAACAUAUUAGUUCUUAAUCAUGUAUCUGUGUAUGUUACAUGUAUGUUAUUGAUAUCUAUAGAGGUGAACCAUGAUUGUGUUGGCAAAGGUGGGAAUGAUACAAGCAAGAAUAGCAGAAAGGUCUCAUCGGCCACAACUCCUUCUAUUCCCCGAACAGAUGGUGAGAUCUUACCAUCACCCAAUUUGGAGAGCUUUGACUAUAGUGAACUAAAAGAAGCCACUUGUAACUUCUGUCAAGAUUUUGUGUUGGGAAAAGAUGGUUUUGGUUUGGUCUUUAAAGGGUGGAUUGAUGAGCAUUCAUUGAAGCCUGUGAGGCCUGAGACUGGCAUGCCUAUUGUUGUAAAGAGGCUUAACCAAAAGGGUAGCCGAGGUCAACAAGAAUGGUUGGCAGAAAUCAAAUACAUGGGGCAACUACAUCAUCCAAAUCUUGUGAAAUUGAUCGGUUACUGCUUAGAGGAUGACCUCCGGCUUCUAGUGUAUGAGUUUGUGCCCAAUGGCAACUUGGAAUAUCAUCUAUUUGGAAGAGCAGGGGAUUCUUACUUUCAACCACUGUCUUGGGAUCUCUAUGUGAAAGUUUCCCAUGGUGCUGCUAAGGCUCUAGCCUUUCUUCAUUACAAGGCAGAUGUAAUAUACAGAGACUUUAAGACUUCUAAUAUCCUGCUUGAUUCGAAUUAUAAUCCCAAGCUCACUGAUUUAGGCUUGGCCAAGGAUGGGCCGAUUGGUUGUAAUACCCAUGUCUCAACAAGGGUCUUGGGCACCGAAGGCUAUGCUGCACCAGAAUAUAUAAGAACAGGUCAUCUUACUGCAAAAAACGAUGUAUACAGUUUCGGGGUUGUUCUCCUGGAAAUGUUAUCUGGCAGGCGAGCUAUAGAUAGAAACAAGCCAUCGGAAGAGCAAAUGUUAGCCCCACACGCGAAGAGAACGAUCAACAUGCGCAAAUUUUCCCAAGUUUUGCAUCCUUCUAUUUUAGGCCAAUACCCAAAAAGCAGCGUACUAAAAGUAGCUCAACUCGCAUCUCAAUGCGUCUCAGAUGAGCCAAAUUUUCGGCCAAAUAUGAAAGAUGUAGUAGAAGUUUUAGAAGAACUUCAGAAAUCCAAUGACAAUGAGAGAUGCAAAAGCUCUAAACUCCGUAAAUCAAGCAUUGCUUCUAAAUAUGGCAGAAAAACACUUAGAUGAAUAUUGCAAUUGGAAAGCUGUCAGAUGUGUAAGGAAACAUCUGCUUUGUUUCUGUUCAUAUGUUAAGAAGAAAAGAGAGCAUUUGAUACCAUUUGCAGCAUUUUAUAUUGAUCUGGAGAAUUAAGAUGCUUCUAUACUUCAUAAAUAGAAGCUUUGCCAUGUUGCUAGAACCAGUGAUAGAUGAUGGAUCAGUUAACUGUAUCAUUGAUUUUGUGCAAAUUUAUUAAUGAGUCUGUUAGUUAUGAAACUCUGCAAUUUUGCAAACCUUUCUGAUGUUACAGGUGAAAAAUAUGUGAUUCA